AUGUCGGGUGAUGAAGAGGAUAAGAGGAUAUCGGUGCCGGAGAGUUACCUCCGAGAACUUCAGAACAGGAACAGCGAGCAGGAUUCCGACCGCCCGGCGAGGGCUCUAAGUCGGGGCGACGAUGUUGAGGACGUGCAGAGUCGGUAUACGGAUGCGUAUGCGACGCCGCAUCACACUUCUCUUUCUCAGAGUGAAGACACCGCCGGCCAGUCCGAGACACCGAGGCAUGAGAGUCCGCACCUUGAAGGUCCUCCGGCGUCUGAGCCGGACACUGAGGUAGGAGAUGCUCCUUCAAAUCACGAAGACCACGGCGAUUUCGGCCCAGGGUUUAGACAGAACCCGCUCGUGGACAGCGGCUACACCUUUGCAAAGGUGGGGGAACGGUACUGGUACAUGGGCCCAACCUCAUCAUGGUCAUUCUGCCGACGAGUAUUAGCCCUGCUGGGCAAACGCAUACCAGAGGCAGCCCCAGACCCGUGGCAUCUCCCCCACGAGGGCGCCUUCAGGAUGCAAUGGACGCCCCUAGGCGCCACCGAGACGCCCGACGUCUCCAACCUCCCGCCGCUGGACUACGCCCUCUUCCUCUUCAACACGGUCAAGUUCUAUCUCGGCGCCGUCUUCUACGUCAUUGACGAGCCGUCCUUUCUCAAGAACCUCCACGAGCUGUACGAGGACCCCGUCGGCAAGGCCAGCGCCUCGAGGCUGUGGUACGCGCAGUACCUGCUCGUCCUCGCGUUCGGCAAGGCGUUUGUCGUGAACGGUAGUUCGCAUGCGGCCCCGCCCGGGGUCCAGUACGCCGCGAGGGCCAUGUCGUUGCUGCCGGACCUGUCGGGCUUGAAUCCGGAUACGAUUCCUGCUAUACAGGCGCUUGCUUUGGCUGCGCUGUACUUUCAGUGCUUGGAUAUGAGGUUGGCUGCGUAUCAACACAUUGGACAGGCGCUGCGAAUCGGCAUCGUUGAAGGCAUCUAUAGACAUAUGCCCGAAGAAGUUGUCGGUAUCGAGUACUCGCGACGCUGCAAUAUUGUUUUCUGGGUGGUGUACACCCUCGACAGGGAAUUUUCGGCCUUGAUGGGAGCGCCGACUUCUAUUCGGGAUGAGGAUAUCACUGUGAAGCUUCCUUCGCAAAUGGACAAUUCCCUUGAUGCGCUGAAUAUGACGCUGCAUGUCCGACUAUCGCGGCUCAUGGCCCGUAUCCUUACAACUAUUUAUGGUGUGGGCAAAGAGUUUGAUGGUUCGCUGGUUCCCAACACCCAGUCGAUCCUGAGGGAUCUGGCGAGAUUAUCCCGGGAUCUCACCGCGCUCCUCGACACGCACUUUCAAGGCUCUGUCAGCAGAGCUUCCAGGAUGGCAUUGCGACUCAUCCUGUCUUACCACCACUGCGUCGUCCUGACCACUCGGCCACUGGUCAUGUGUGCCCUCCACAUGCACAUUGAACACUCCGACAUGCGACACUCACAAACAGUCUCCCUCACACCACCAGUCGCAUCCCUCCUACAAUCCUGCGUCGACUCCGCACAGACGGUGCUCCGAACGCUACGCGUCCUCGGAGACGAAGACCUCCUCGAAGCCUUCCUCCCCUUCCAGCUCGAAGACGCCUUCUCCUCAGCGUUCCUCCUCUACCUGAUCCGGGUCAUCAGCCCUUCCAUCCUGCACGACGACGCGUGGUGCGAGAACAUCAAGUGCGUCCUGGACAAGAUGAUUUCCAAGGGGAGCCUCGUGGCGCCGCUGCGGAAGCUGGAGCUGAGCCAGCUGGAGCACAUCAUGUCGGCGCUGACGCCGGUCGGGGAGGAGCCGCCGACGCCGCCGCCGACGAGUACGGCGAACCACCACCACCACCACCACCACCCUUCCCACCAACAUCAUGGGCACGGGCACGAGCACGGGUCAUUUUUGGAUCAGAUGGAGGAGGCUGGGUGGGAUAUUUUUGAUACGAGCGGCAUGGGUGGCCUUUCUCCGCAGGCGUUGUUGGAUUUGGCGGAGAGGUUGGAUGUGGAGGACUUGAUACAGUCUGUUGAUGGGAAUAGGGAGAGGAGUUGA